UUAAAGUAAUAUUUCCAGAGAGUGUCUGAAAAUGAUGUAUUUUUUAUGUCGAACAAUAACCAACAUGCCGGGACAGGUGUUUUUAGGGUCAGGACAAGGUGAAUACAUAGGCAGGAAGCCGUGUACUGUUGGUUUCAUUUCCUCAUUGUGUGACUGAAUAAACCAGAUCCAGCGCCCCCCGGUGGCCCAGUGUGUGAAGUGCUGAGCGUCGUCUGGUUUCUUAGCUGUCUUCCCGCCUCUCCUGUCACAGCGGUCUGAGCCGCCGUCGGUGCUGACAUGUCGUCGUCCGGCGCCGGGACAUCCCGUUCUGAUGGAGGAGAUGGAGUGCCCGACAACCCGCCUGAGUUAGCGAGCGGUAUCAUGGCCGGUCUUCACGAACUACACCGCCUGCUCGGCAGCAGUGAGCCCGGGUCUUGUGAGGCGGCCCUCGGCCUCUUGCGCAGCUUGGGAGAGGAGUGCGUGAUCUCCGCGCCGGGGAGCAGCGUGCUGGCUUUAAAUACAUCCUUGGUCUUCUCUAAGGAUUAUGGCCUGCUUGUGUUUAUCCACAAAUCCCUCAGCAUCGAAGAAUAUCGAGAUUGUCGAGAAGAAGCUUUAAAAUUCCUAUGCACCUUUCUCGAGAAAAUAGACAAGCAUUCACAGCCAUAUGCUUUAGAUAUAAAGAGAAUAUGUGUCGUCGUAUACACAAAGGAAAAAUAUGCAAAAUGUAAAGUAGCUGCAUUAGAUCUUCUUAUUAAGCUUCUAAAGAAAUCCUACAAAAUUGAAGAAUUUAAAAUAGGCGAAAUUUUCAAUAAAUUUUAUGGUGAACUUGCUAAUAAAAGCAAAUUAUCAGAUACAGUUUUAGAAAAAACUUAUGAGCUUCUGGGAAUUUUGGGCGAAGUACAACCUAGUGACAUGCUGAACAAUUCUGAGAAACUCUUUCGAGCCUAUCUGGGAGAAUUAAAGGGACAGAUGACAUCAUCCACAAGACAGCCUAAGUUUGCAGUGGUAGCUGGAUGUUUAAGAGGAUUAUCAGCACUCUUGAUUAACUUUACAAAAUCUGUAGAAGAAGAUGCUAGGACUUCUAAAGAAAUUUUCGAAUACACAAUCAAGGCAAUAAAUCCUCAGAUUGACCUAAAGAGAUAUGCUGUGCCUUUAGCUGGCCUUAAUCUUCUUGCUCAACAUGCAUCCCAGUUUAAUACCUACCUCAUGGACACCUAUCGGACAGUUUUUGAAGUAAUGUCCAAGUGGUGUGGGCAUUUAAAUCACGAAGUAAAGAAAAGUGCAUUUGCUGCUAUGGACUCCUUUCUAAAACAAAUAGCAUUACUGGUUACUAAUGAUGCUGUAGCUCACAAAGACAAGUUACAGUUCUUCAUGGAACAGUUUUAUAAGAUCAUCCGAAAGAUGGAUUGUUCGAAUAAAGAACUCUCUAUUGCUAUUCGAGGAUAUGGGUUUUUUGCAGCGCCAUGCAAAGCGGUAAAUGCAAAGGAUGUGGAUUUUAUGUAUCUUGAACUAAUUCAGUGUUGCAAGCAAAUGUACCUAACGGAGGCAGAGACAGAAGAUGACAAUGUGUAUCAGCUACCAAACUUCCUGCAGGCGAUUGCAAGUGUCAUACUUCACAUGGACUCUAUCCCUGAAAUAUACACUCCUGUACUUGAGCGCCUCUUGGUUGUUCAGAUUGAAACAUUUCCACGAUACAGCUUAAAAAUGCAGCCUUCUUGCAGCAGAUCAAUCAUUAAGGUGUUUUUAUCUUUGGCGGGAAAGGGGCCUGUUCUUUGGAGUCUUAUUAGUACUGUGGUGCAUCAAGGAUUGAUCAGAGUCUGUUCCAAGCCAGUCAGAUUUGUAAGGAAUGGAAAUGAGAAAGAAAGAUCUGAUGACCCAUCCACUUCUGGUGAGGUCCGUGCUGGAAGGUGGAAAGUUCCUACUUACCAAGACUAUCUUGAUCUCUUCCGCAAUCUUAUGAACUGUGAUCAGAUAAAGGAAUCCAUAUUUUCUGAUGAAGUUUUCCCAGCGUUAAACUCACCACUACAGUCUCUGAGUAGACUGUUGUAUGAUGAACUCAUUAAAUCUGUGCUCAAAAUUAUUGAGAAAUUGGACCUUUCAUUGCAAAAGCAAGAAUCUGCGCAAGAGGUUAAUGAGGAUCGAUUGAGCUAUUUACUAAUUGCAACUUCAGACCCAGCUGCUAACCUUUACCCUACCAAGCCAAAAGAUUUUACUGCAUUUGUUAAUCUUGUCGACUUCUGCAGUGAAAUAAUAACAAACAAACAUGUGGAAUUCUUUGAGCCUUGGGUUUACGUGUUUGGCUAUGAGCUGGUUUUGAAGUCCACACGUCUACCGCUGAUCAGUGGCUUUUACAGCCUAUUGUCUAUUGUGAUGAAAAAUGCAAAAAAGUUGAAAUAUUUUGAGGGUGUCAGUCCAAAAAGUUCUGUCAAAUUCCCACAAAGUAAAGAAAAAUGUUCUUGCUUUGCUCUGUUUCUAAAAUUUGGAAAAGAGGUAUCCUCUAAAAUGAAGCAAUUUAAGGAUGAACUUUUGGCAUCAUGUUUAACCUUAAUCCUUUCUCUGCCUCAUGAAAUCAUCAUGCAUGACAUAAAAGCCUACAUCCCAUCAUUACAAACUGCCUUUAAGUUAGGCUUAAGUUUCCCACCGCUUGCAAAUGCUGGCCUUGAUGCACUUGAAGACUGGUCAUCUCGAAUUCCUCCAGAUCAUAUGGAGCCUCACUACAAGGACAUACUGCCAUCUCUAGAUGGGUACUUGACAGACACAUCAUCCACAGAUGAGUCUUUGAAUGCUCUUGACAUUGAUCGCCUGUCUCGUGCAUCACAAAAAGGUUUUAAUAAAUAUCUUAUUAAGCAAAUACAGAGAACAAAAACACUUUCUGUGAAUGAUGACUCCUCUUUGACAGCAGUAAGAAGUAGAGUUGUACGUUUACUUGGAUCUCUUGGGGGACACAUUAAUCGCAGCCUGGUAACAGCUACAUCUACUGAAGAAAUGAUAAAGAAGCAUGUAUCAUGGGACACAGAAAAAAGACUGAGUUUUGCUGUACCAUUUGCUGAUCUGAAACCUGUGAUCUACUUGGACACUUUUCUGCCACGCGUCACAGACCUAGCACUUUCUGCCAGUGACAGACAGACUAAAGAGGUUCUCUACCUACCUGAAAAGCUACUGGGGACUUCGAACCCAAUAAUGGGGACUCUCUACCUGCCUAUUUUCUGGAAGGGCUUCUACCUAAAAGCGGUUGCCGCAUGUGAACUUUUUCAUAGCAUGGUAACAUUUAUGUUGGGAAAAGCACGAGAAGGGUCCCCUUCAAUGUACAGACUGUACAAACACACAUUUCCUGUGUUGCUGCGCCUGGCCUGUGAUGUUGAUCAGGUAACAAGACAGUUAUAUGAACCUCUAGUUAUGGGCAUCAUUCACUGGUUCACGAAUACCCAGACAUUUGAAAGUCCUGACACUGUGGCAUUGCUUGAUGCUAUUCUGGAUGGAAUUGUGGAUCCUAGUAAUAGUACAUUGCGAGACUUUUCAGGGCAGUGUAUUCAAGAAUUCUUGAAAUGGUCAAUAAAGCAGACAACACCAAGACAACAAGAACAAAGCCCUGUAAACACACAAUCACUGUUCAAAAGACUCUACAGCCUUGCUCUACAUCCCAGUGCCUUUAAAAGGUUGGGAGCGGCUCUUGCUUUUAAUAAUGUUUACAGAGAAUUUAGAGAAGAGGAGGCUCUUGUGGAACAGUUUGUGUUUGAGAUUCUGGUGGUGUACAUGCAGAGCUUGGCUUUAUCACAUGGAGAUGAAAAAUCGCUAGGCACCAUUCAGCAGUGUAGUGAUGCCAUUGAUCAUCUAAAACGUAUUAUAAUUCAGAAAGCCAACAGCCUAAACAAGUCAUCAAAAAGACGCAUACCAAGAGGGUUUCCACGAAGUCAGACAAUUUGUCUCUUGGAUAUUGUCCUUUGGCUUUUACAACAGUGUGGCGUCCCUCAGACUGAUUGCAGACACAAGGCAAUGGAGCUCUUUUUUGAAUUUGUACCUUUGUUGCCUGAGAAAAAAUCGCCCUCAGCUUGGGUGGAGGAGAUGAUCAAGAAAGAAGGCAUCUCUUUUUUGAUUCAGAGAUUUGAAAGUGCUGGCAGCAUGGAUGGCAACCAUUGUGGCAUAUUAUACAUUACCACACUUCAUGAUCUGCAGCAGACCUCUUUAUGUGCUGCGCUUCAGUGGAUGGACAUGUUGCUUGCGGCCCUGGAUUGUUAUAAUACAUUCAUGGGUAUGCGUGUUGUAAAACCACAGACUUUACUUGCUCCUUCUCAGAAGUCCUCUUUUCUUAGAGCGCUACUUUUUUUCAUCCAACAUCUGUCCAUGCAGGACAUUAUGGCAGCACAAACUUGCUUCAAAACCAGUUUAUUCAGUCCACAAGAAAGAGAGGAAUACAACUACAGCAAGUGCACAAUUAUAGUGAGAAUCAUUGAGUUUGUAACCAUGAUCCUGGAGAAUUGCCAGCAGGAUUUCUUGCAGAAUCUUGAGAAUGAACUUCUGACUGAUUUCCUUUGGGACUUAACAGCGAUUACUGUAUGUGAUCCAUCAGAUAUAGGGUUCAAUACAGCAGAUGUUCAAGUGAUGAAGAACCUUCCAGAUGUGUGUGUUCAGUUUCUGAAGGCAGUAGCAAAAUCGCCAUACAAGAGAACUUUGGACGUUUGUUUUCAGAAAAAAAUUACAUUGGAGCGGAUUGAAGAUCUGUGUGCUGUUAAAUUGUAUGAUCCAGAUACACGAUAUGAAAGUGUUAAGUUGCGUGCCACACUAUCUGCAUGUAAUCAGCUUUACAGGUCACAGUUGUUAAAUUCCACUUUGCAUGCACAGGUCACAGGUCUUGGAUUUUCUGUUGGUUCCAAACUCCUUUCAGUGGUUUAUAAGGGCAUAUCUGCCGGUAAUGAUAGAAAGUCUUUACCAUCUUUAGAUGUAAGCAGUAAACGUCUUGCUGAAGGUAUUUUACAGCUGGCCUUUAAUUUUGGUGGACAGUGUGAAGAACUUGUAAGCCUGUUGCUGAACACAGUGGUUUUAACAGUGUCAUUGCCUGGAAGUUCUCAGAGAAACUUUAUCAAUUUCUCUCAUGGAGAGUAUUUCUACAAUUUGUUUUCUGAAACUAUUAACAGUGAACUGUUGAAGAACUUGGACACUGUUGUGCCAUAUCUGCUCAGGUCCUCUACGGAAAACCCCAAAAUGGUGAGCUCUGUCUUAAAUGGAAUGCUUGAUCAAAGCUUUAGACAGCGAUCGGUUCAGAAACAGCAAGGUACACGAUUGGUGAAUGCUGUGCUUAAAAAUUGGAUGAAACUGGAGAGCUGGUGGGCCACAGAUUCUUCUCCAGAGAACAAAAUGGCAGUGCUAACGUUACUUGCCAAAGUACUACAGAUUGAGUCAUCUGUUUCUUUUGAUACAAACCACCUGGCUUUUAAUGAAGUUUUUAAGACCUACUUAAGCAUCCUCUCAGAUCAGAAUCUUUCAUUGAAUUUGAAGAGUCAAGCUAUUAUCAUACUUCCUUUCUUCACCAACCUAAAAGAAGAAAAACUGAGUGAGUUAAAGAAUACCAUUGAUCAGUUUGUUGCCUUUAACUUUCCACUGAAAUCUGAUGAAUUUCCAAAAGGCACCUUAAAGUUCAAUAAUUAUGUGGACUGUAUAAAAAAGUUUUUAGAUGCUUUGGAACUAUCACAAUGUUCAGUGCUGCUACAUCUUAUGGCUGAAGUUCUCUGCAGAGAUGGCAAACAUUUUAUGGAAGAUUUAUUUCAGAGCACUUUCAAAAAAGUUAUUAAAAGGAGCAGCUGUGAUAAACAGAUAAUCUUGAUGGAUACAAUACACAACAUGUUCAAUAGUGAUGAUAUCCUUUUAAAUACAACUCGACUUUCUUUAGUUGAUCGCUGUCUACUGACUUUUUUGUGGAACUGUAGUUCUGAUGCAUUGAAAGACUUUUAUAGCAAAAUCAUUGUUUUUUCAAUGGAUGUUCUGAAGACCAGAUUCACAAAGACAUCAGAGACUGUCUUUGACACUCAACUUACAAAGAAAAUUGGUUAUUACAAACUGCUAGAAGUUCUAUAUUCACGUCUUUCUAAAGAUGAAAUUUAUUCAAAAGAAUCCAGAAUAAACCAUGCAUUUGAAAAAUCAGCAAAUGUUGAAGGAAAUAUGCUUACUAAGACACUGAUAAAAUCCUGUUAUGAUGCAUAUACAGAAAACAUGUCUGGGGAAACACAGCUACUGGAGAAGAGAAGACUGCAUCAUUGUGCUGCAUAUAACUGUGCUAUAGCAGUUGUGACAUGCACCUUUACUGAGAUUAAAUUCUAUCAGGGAUUUCUUUUGUCAGAAAAGAAAGAAAAGAACAUCUUCAUACUGGAAAAUAUAAUAGAUCUAAAGCGCAACUAUUCCUUUCCAAUAGAAGUAGAGGUUCCAAUGGAACGGAAGAAAAAGUAUCUUGCUAUACGCAAGGAAGCAAGAGAAACAUCAAAUGAGGAUUCAGAUGGGCCCCAGUAUUUAUCUUCCCAGUCUUACAUGGCAGAUAGCAGUCUGAGUGAAGAAAUGAGCCAGUUUGAUUUUUCAACCGGCAUCCAGAGUUUUUCCUAUCGUUCCCUGGACCCAGUAAAAUUCCAAAGGAGCAAAAGAAUAAAGCACAGUAGCUCUGAAGUCCAGACCCCUGAAGAUAUUAUGGAGUUGGAAAUGGAUGAACUAAAUCAGCAUGAGUGCAUGGCGCAAAUGACUGCAAUGAUUAAACACAUGCAGCAAAAAAACAUAACGCCCAAAGUAGAAGAGGGUACAAUACCACAAGACCUACCUCCAUGGAUGACCUUUUUACAUUGCAAACUUGGAAAUUCCUCUACACCUUUAAACAUACGUCUUUUCAUUUCCAAACUUAUUAUUAAUGUAGAAGAGGUUUUCCGUCCCUAUGCAAAAUUUUGGAUUGGCCCGUUAUUGCAGCUGAUGGUGUCUGGAAAUAAUGGUGGAACAGGCAUUCAUUACUUUGUUGUAGAGACUGUUGUGACACUUCUGUCUUGGUCAGGUGUUGCUACUCCUAAUGGCCAUGCGAAGGAUGAAAUCCUGGCUAACAGACUGCUUGAAUUCAUGAUGAAGAAUUCAUUUCAUGAAAAAAGAGCAGUAUAUAGACAUAAUCUUGAGAUCAUUAAAACAGUGUUGGAGUGCUGGAAAGAUUGUCUUUGCAUUCCAUACAGGUUAAUAUAUGAUGGCUUUUCUGGAACAGACUCCAAUACAAAAGACAACUCUUUGGGAAUUCAGCUACUAGGUUUGGUGGUUGUUAAUAACUUCUCUCCUUAUGAUCCAAAAUGUGAAAUAGAUUCUGACCGAUAUUUUAAAGCUCUUGCCAUCAAUGUUACAUUUACAAGAUUUAAGGAAGUUUAUGCUGCCGCCUCUGAAGUGUUGGGACUUGUUCUUCGAUAUAUUGCAGAAAAAGAGAAAGACAUCGAGGGACCUCUGUUUGCUUAUGUAGAGAAAAAUUUAAAAUCUCUUCAAGCCAGUAAUAAAGAAGACAAAUUUAUUGUGUGCUUGAAUAAAAUAGUGAAAAAUUUUCCACUGAUCUCUGACCGGUUUAUGAACAUUGUUCUCUACUUGCUACCGAAGCUUCAUGGAGUUCUCAAGACUCAGUGCCUUGAAAUAAUAAUGUCCAGGGCUGAGGAAAUACCAGAUCUUUUUCUUGAACUAAAAAACAGGGAUUUUAAGCAAAUUAUGAGCAACCGAGAUGAUGAAAGACAGAGGGUGUGCCUUGAAAUAGUAUAUAAGUUGUUGGCCAAGCUGACCCCUUCAGAGCUGCGUGAGCUUUUGCCAUCCGUAACUUCAUUUAGUUCUCACAACUUUCCUGUUUGUCGGGAACGUAUGUAUGAUAUUCUCAUGUGGAUCUAUGACAAUUACAGAGAUCUAGAGAGCCAAUCAGAUAGUGAUUCCCAGGAUAUUUUUAAUAUGGCUAAGGAGACAUUACUUGAAGGAAUGGUGGAUGAAAAUGCAGAGCUUCAACUUAUUGUCAGGAAUUUCUGGAGUGAUGAAACACGGUUGCCAACUAGCACAAAGGAUCGAAUGGUCACUGUACUGUGUUCGUUAUAUUCCCCAAAAAUUGAAAAGCAUUUUCUAAGUCUGGCCACAAACCUGCUUCUUGAAAUGACAAGUAGAAGCCCAGACUAUGUCAGGCAAAUGUUUGAGCAUCCACUUUCCGAGUGCAUGUUUCAGGAUUAUACGGUUGAUUCCAGUUGGCGUCACCGCAGCACUAUCCUCACUCCCAUGUUUGUAGAGACUCAAGCUUCUCAAAGUGUUCACAGGUCUAGGACACAAAGCUUUGUGGAAGGGCAUGAACCAGAGGGAGGCCAACUAAGAGCAACCCAGCAGCACUAUCAAUUUACACCUACACAGAAUAUUGGUGGUAGAAGUUCAUUUAACUGGCUGACUGGAAGCAGCAUGGAUACAUUGGGCAGUUAUUCUGCUGACUCUUCAGACUCCCUCUCUUCAACAUUGCUGUUUACAAGUAGGAGUGAAAAGGCUCAGAGAGGAUCAUUUAAACCUGUAGGGCCUAAUUUUGGUAAACGCCGACUAGGACUUCCUGGGGAUGAAACUGACAGCAAGGCCAAAGGAAUUGAAAAAAGGUCAGAAAUUUUGAGACUGCGCAGGCGUUUCUUAAAAGAUCAAGAGAAGCUCAGUAUCAUAUAUGCAAAAAAAGGAUCAGCAGAACAGAAAAAAGAAAAGGAACUAAAAGUUGAGCAAAAGAUGAAACAGGAUGCUCAAGUAAUUCUUUAUAGAAGUUAUCGACAUGGAGAUUUGCCUGAUAUCCAGAUUGCAUACAGCGCGCUUAUUGCACCGUUACAAGCACUUGCACAGAAAGAUCCAGCUCUGGCAAAACAGCUAUUCAGUGCAUUAUUUUCUGGGAUUCUGGAAGAUAUAAACAGCUCUACCGAAAUAAAAAUCAUUGCCACUAAACUGAUUGAUAAAUUCAAUCUAUAUUUAAAUAGCACUGUGUAUUAUUUUCCACCAUUCAUUGGUUGCAUACAGGAUAUGUGUUACCACCAUGUUGAGCUGCUUGAGCUAAAUCCAACAAGUGUAAGCAGAAGUGGCAUAGAAAGUUUGCAGCAGUCAAUAGGUAUUCUACUACUCGAGAAAGCAUUGCAGUACAUUUCACCACCAGAGGAACCUCCAACAAAGAAGAUGCGUGGAAGAGCAGACACUCCUCCUGAUGUUUUGAGAUGGAUACAGCUUGCUCGGCUGUAUCGCUCUAUUGAUGACUAUGAUGUUCUUCGAGGGAUUUUCAGUAAUAAGAUUGGAACGAAAGAUAUUACGCAACGUGCUUUAAAUGCUGAAGCAAGAUCGGACUAUGGAGAAGCUGCUAAACUUUAUGAUGAGGCUCUGCAGAAGACCUUUUCAGACGGGGAACCUUCUGAUUCUGAGAAAGAUUUUUGGGAGAUUGCUUCUAUGGAAUGUUACAAUCAUCUAACUGAAUGGAAGCCACUGGAAUAUUGCUCGACAGUAAACAUUGACAGUCAAAUGCCGCCAGACCUCAAGAAAAUGUGGAGUGACCCUUUUUAUGAGGAAACCUAUCUUCCUUACAUGAUUCGCAGUAAAGUGAAACUUCUUCUGAAUGGGGAGAAUGAUCAAUCUUUAUUAACAUUUAUUGAUGAUGCCAUGAAGAUUGAGCAGAGAAAAGUGUCAAUUGAGACCUUCUACAGUCAGGAAAUGAGUCUUUUGUACAUUUUACAAGAAGAUUUUGACCGGGCGAGAUAUUACAUUAAAAAUGGAAUAGAUAUGUUCAUCCAGAACUAUUCAAGCAUCGACUCGAUACUAUACCAUAGCAGACUAACACAACUGCAGACAGUUCAAGCUUUAACUGAGACUCAGGAUUUUAUCAACUUUAUCUGCAUUCCUGGUAAUUUGUCAUCCCUACCCUCCCUGAGAAGGUUGUUCUAUCUCUGGAUGAGUCGAUAUCCUGAUGAGAAAAUGGAUCCCAUGCACAUCUGGGAUGAUGUGAUUACGAACAGGUGCUUCUUCUUGGAUAAAAUCAAAGAAAAACUCUCCAGUCAGCUGCUGGAAGAAAGUAUGGAAAUAGACAGUGUGAGUGAGAAUAGUGAGGUAUUGCAAGGUGACAAGCAGGAAGAUGUGAACUUUCUCAUCAGAAAAUGCAAAUUUGUUAUGAAAAUGAAGAUGGUUGACAGUGCUCGAAAACAGAACAACUUUUCUGUUGCCAUGAAACUCUUGAAAGAGCUUCAUCGAGAGUCUAAAACCAAUGAAGACUGGCUAGUAAAAUGGGUUCAGAGUUAUUGUCGUUACAGUCACAGCAGGAGCCAUACCCAAUCGAACACAGAGAAAAUACUGACUGUUCUGAAAACGAUCUCUCUACUAGGGGAAAGUAACAGUGAUUAUUUAAAAAGAUUUCCUCAGUUGUACAGAUAUCACAAUAUGUUACUGGGUGGCACUUAUAGAAUCAUGGGUGAUGCACUCAGCAAAGAACCAGUGAGUCUGAAUCACAUUGAGGAAUCAAAGGCUAGGAUAGUAAAGGAGCUUUCAGGGUCAGAAGAGGAGGUUGCGGCUGGGUUGUAUAGAAAGUGUCUCCAUUACUUGAAAUCUGCUGUUAGAAAAGCUGAAGAAGAAACACAGUCUCAUUCAACAGACUGGACUGAUAACAAAGGAGUAAUCAAAGCAUACAUGACUUUGGUGGAUUUUUGUGACACACACCUUAGGAACCUGGAAGAUGGAUCAGCAGUAUUGAAUGUCCAAGACUGCAAACUUUUCCCUGAAAUCAUCGUAGAUAAAAUGAUUAAGGCAUUAAAGCUGGGAUCUAAAGAAGCACGACUAAAGUUUCCAAGACUACUUCAGAUUAUUGAACUGUAUCCCAAUGAAACUUUGGACUUAAUGGCUAGAGAGGCAAGUUCUGUUCCAUGCUGGCUUUUCAUCGGCUGGAUAAGUCAAAUGAUGGCAAUGCUUGAUAAAAAAGAAUCAUUAGCAGUACAAUUUAUCAUGGAAGAAAUUGUUGACUACUACCCUCAAGCUCUUGUGUACCCGUUCAUGAUCAGUGGAGAAAACUUUAACUUUGAAGAUACAGUUGAUGGACACAGGAAUAAAUUGUUUAUUGAAAAAAUACAGAAAAAGCUGGAUAAGAAUGGAUUAAUUAAAGAUUUUAUUCAAGCCUUGGAACAGCUGUCUAAUCCUGCAUUGAUAUUACAGGACUGGAAAGAGGAAGUCUAUAAAGAAUUAGCAAAACCAAAACCAGACAUAAAUAAAAUUAAGAUGAUGUACAAGAAGAUGCAUGCAAACCUUGCCAAUGUGAAAGAUCCUCAUUUCGGUUCAUUCAGAAGGAAGUUUGCCGAGAAAUAUUCAAAGGAUUUGGAAAAAGUAUGUGGAAGUGACGGCUCACUCCUAAGUGGAAUUAAAGCUGAUAAAUUUAAUGACAGCAGCUUUGUUAAGCUAGUGAAUAAAAUUAAAGAUGAGUCCCCUGCAGAGCCAGGAAAUUUAAAGGAAUAUUCACCCUGGAUGAGCAUUUUUAAGCCAGAGUUUUCCAGAGAUCUCGAAAUUCCUGGUCAGUAUGAUGGUAAAAAUAAGCCGAUGCCAGAAUAUCAUAUAAAGAUCUGUGGAUUCGAUGAGCGGGUAAAAGUUAUGACAUCAAUAAGAAGACCCAAGAAGAUUAUUAUUCGUGGAAAUGAUGAAAGAGACUACCCAUUUCUUGUCAAAGGUGGUGAAGAUUUGCGCCAGGACCAGCGCAUUGAGCAGCUGUUUGACAUCAUAAAUAUUAUCCUUUCCCAGGAUGCUGCUUGUAAGCAGAGAUAUAUGCAAAUUAAGACAUACCAAGUGAUUCCCAUGACAACACGGAUAGGGAUGAUCGAAUGGCUGGAGAAUACAUGCACCUUAAAGGACUUUAUUUUAAGUACUCUUACUAUACCUGAAAGAAAAGACUUUUAUGGAAUAUAUAGUCCAGAGAACCAUUACAUUGCCUGGCUGAAAAAGAAGUGCAAAAUUGAAAGUCUUCUAAUUCAACAUAUUGAUGCCUAUAUUAAAAUGGACUGUGCUUCAACUGUCAGCUCAUUCAGAGAGAGAGAGUCUCUUGUUCCUGGAGACCUUUUGAGGAGAGCCUUUAUUAAAAUGAGUGCAACCCCAGAAGCAUUUUUGGCUCUACGCUCCCAUUUUGUACAGUCUCAUGCUUUGCUGUGUAUAAGCCAUUGGAUCCUUGGUAUCGGAGAUCGCCACCUGAGCAAUUUUAUGGUCAAUAUGGAGACUGGAGGAAUGAUUGGCAUUGACUUUGGUCACGCAUUUGGUACUGCAACUCAGUUUUUACCUGUGCCAGAACUGAUGCCUUUCCGUCUGACACGCCAGAUAAUAAAUUUGAUGUUACCCCUGAAAGAAACUGGAUUAUUUGACUCUGUGAUGGUACAUGCUUUGCGGGCCUUUCGAAGAAACCCUGACCUUCUCAUUAGCACAAUGGAUGUGUUUGUAAAGGAGCCUUCGCUAGACUGGAAGAAUUUUGCAGCAAAGCAAUUGAAAAAGGGAGGAGACUGGGUGAAAGGCAUAAACACUACUUCACAGGACUGGUACCCUACACAAAAAAUCAAUUGUGCAAAAAGGAAGUUAGCAGGUGCAAAUCCUGCAGUGAUCACGUGUGAAGAACUGCGAUUUGGACACACUGGACGUAAAGAGUUGAACAAAUUCUGUGAAGUUGCUAAAGGAGACAAGGAUAAUAUACGGGCUAAAAUGCCUGAUGAUGGACUUUCUGAGGAGAUUCAAGUAAAAUGUCUUAUUGCCCAGGCUACCGAUCCCAAUAUCCUUGGCAGAGUCUGGAAAGGAUGGGAACCUUGGAUAUGAAGAUGCGGCUUCAGAAAACUUGUUCUGUCCUAGAUAUUAUGGAUUGUUCAAUGAAUUACUAAUGGGACAAAAAUGUCCAUAAUUUUUUUGUGUCCUCUUUGUUACUUACCUUCAUCUUACCUGGACAAGUCUAUUGCAUAAAAAUCUUGUCUGUGCUAAUGUCCUUUGUAGCUGGAAUGAUAUUUAGCUAGUUCAAAAUUAAAUAUAAUUACAUUUUUGUUAUCACAGAAGAAUAAAGCAAUUUUGUAAUACUGUC